AGAGCUCUGUUAGCAUUCGGCUAAAAACACAGGCAGCUCCAUUGGAAGAUUGAUCAAAAAUAACCUCAGUCGGACUCUCUAAUCGAUUACAGGUGAAUGAUCGAGGAUCAGCACGCGACUGCAGACUCUCGUCGAUUGGAAAACACGCGAUGGAUGACAGUAAAAUGGUUGCUGGAAAAGUGAAGAAACCCGGCAAACGCGGCCGCAAACCUGCCAAGAUUGACCUGAAGGCCAAGCUGGAGCGAAGCCGGCAGAGCGCCAGAGAGUGUCGCGCCAGAAAGAAGCUGCGCUACCAGUAUCUGGAGGAGCUGGUGUCCAGUAAGGAGAGAGCCAUCUGCGCGCUGCGCGAGGAGCUGGACAUGUACAAGCAGUGGUGUCUGGCCAUGGACCAGGGGAAGAUCCCGUCCGAAAUCAAAGCCCUCCUGACCGGAGACGAGCAGAAAGCGCCGCAGAGCUCCAGCAACAAGAUCCCCAAGAACGGCAAGUACGGCUCCAGCGGAAACAGCCAGAACAAGACGUCUUAGUCGGAUCCGGAACGAGUGCGUUUGGAUGCGUGAAUCUGAACAGUGUUGAUCCUGUAUGUUCAUUCACAGUGUUUAUCUGUCGUUUCGUAGUAAUGGGACGUUUGAAAUGUGACCCUGGAGCUUAAAAGGGGUCCUAUUAUGAUCUUUUACAAAGUCUUGAUUU